AUGGGUAUUCCAGCUGCCUUUCGAUGGCUUUCGAACAAGUAUCCGAAGAUCAUAUCUCCUGUGGUCGAGGAUCGGCCCAUCGUCAUGGACGAUGGCACCGAGAUACCAGUCGACAUUACUCGUGCAAAUCCAAACGGCGAAGAGCUGGACAAUCUCUAUCUCGACAUGAAUGGCAUUGUUCAUCCCUGUGCACAUCCGGAAGACAAGCCAGCCCCUAAAGAUGAAGAAGAAAUGAUGCUUGAAAUCUUUAAGUACACGGACAGAGUGGUUAACAUGGUUCGACCACGAAAGAUUCUCAUGAUAGCAGUCGAUGGCGUUGCGCCCCGUGCCAAGAUGAAUCAACAACGAUCGAGACGAUUUCGAUCGGCACAGGAAGCCAAAGAAAAAGAAAAUGACAAGCAAGAGCUGAUCAAGCUGCUCAAACAGCAAAAUGGGGGCAGUCUUACUGCUGAGAGCACUGAAUCUGUAACGAAGAAAGCAUUCGACAACAAUUCGAUCACGCCUGGCACACCUUUUAUGGAUAUACUGGCAAGCAGCCUUCGCUAUUGGUGCCAGUAUAAACUGAAUACGGAUCCUGGUUGGGCGAAACUGAAGGUCAUUAUCUCAGACGCCACCGUACCAGGCGAGGGCGAACAUAAGAUCAUGAAUUUUGUUAGAUCCCAGCGCGCUAGCCCCGAUUAUGACCCUAACACUCGGCAUGUCAUCUACGGUCUGGACGCUGAUCUGAUUAUGCUGGGACUUGCAACUCACGAGCCGCAUUUUCGCGUCCUGCGCGAAGAUGUCUUCUUUCAGGACAGCAAAGCUCGGGCCUGUAAGCUUUGCGGUCAGAAAGGGCACGAUGCGCAAAAUUGCAAAGGUGAAACAAAAGAGCCAACUGAAGAGUUUGACGCAAAGAACAAUGCAUUGACACUUAAGCCUUUCAUUUGGCUGCAUGUCUCCGUGCUAAGAGAAUACCUGGCCGCUGAACUCGCAAUUCCUGAGCUCCCUUUCCGUUUCGAUCUCGAGCGCGUCAUCGAUGACUGGAUCUUCAUGUGCUGCUUUGUAGGAAAUGACUUUCUUCCACACUUACCGGCUCUGGAAAUACGUGAACACGGCAUUGACACCCUUACAACCAUUUGGAAACGCAAUCUACCCGCACUCGGUGGUUACAUCACAAAAGAUGGUCACAUUGACUUGGAACGAGCUCAGUGUAUUUUGGACGGACUUGCUGGGCAGGAAGAUAUGAUUUUCAAGAAGAGAAGAGAACAGGAAGACCGCCGUGAAGCGAGUGCAAAACGUCGCCGACUGCAGAAUAAUGGCGCGACCGGACGGGAUAACCGCAGUGAUGGUAAAGGUCUCAAAAGCGGACACGAAGACCCUUCACGUGGGCUUGCUCUGCACCCCAUCGGAUCAAUGCCAAUCGCACCGUUGAAAGCCAUCACUCAUGACAUGACUGUCAAUCGCACGGGUGCGGCCGACGCGAAUGUUGCCAACAAAAGUGCUGCGAGUGUACUCAAAGAGCGCUUGAAGGCAGGUAGAGGAGCUUUAAGCCCUGAAGCAAAUUCGAAAGACACAAAAGAUACUCCAUCACACUCAGUACCGGUCAAAAGGAAACUCUCAGCUGUCGAGGCAUUUGCGGAGUCGACUUCAAACGAUGCACAAGGCACGAACACUCCGGGUGAUAAACCUGAGACCCCAGCGGACCCGGUUAGGCUAUGGGAAGAUGGAUAUGCUGAUCGGUACUACCAGCUCAAAUUCCACAGAGACCCUGGCGACAUAUCCUUUCGCACACAUGUUGCCCAUGCAUAUGUUGAAGGAUUGGCGUGGGUUUUGCAGUAUUAUUUUCAAGGCUGCCCGUCCUGGGAAUGGUAUUAUCCAUACCAUUACGCACCAUUCGCAGCCGAUUUCAAAGACAUAUCGCAGGCCAAUGUUACGUUCGAAAAAGGCACCGUCUCUCGACCGUUCGAACAGCUCAUGAGUGUCCUGCCAGCUGCUUCGCGUGAUAAUUUGCCGGAAGUGUUUCAUAGUUUGAUGACUGACCAGGACAGUCUCAUCAUUGAUUUUUAUCCAGAAGAGUUCGAAGUUGACUUAAAUGGAAAAAAGAUGGCGUGGCAAGGAGUUGCACUGCUGCCUUUCAUUGAAAUGGACCGCCUUCUGGCAGCUGUGCAGAAGAGAUACCCACUACUUAGUGACGAAGACAGGAAGCGCAACGGUGUCGGAAGAGAUGUCUUGCUCUUGUCAGAUAGCCAUGAGAGCAUCUACGACGAGAUCCUGACAAAUUUCUACUCCAAAAAGCAGGGCUCUACUCAGUUCAGACUCAACCCCAAGACAAGCGACGGACUCUCUGGCUACGUUGAGAAGCAAGAAGGGUAUGUGCCACAUGGGACGCUACAUUAUCCCCUUGAACGCAAGUCUAUGCCAGACCUAGACUAUGACCGCUCCAUGAGCGUUAAUUAUGACAUGCCGAAAAUGACCCAUGAUCAUAAGUCGAUGCUCCUGCGUGGAGUCAAAAUGCCAAGCCCCGCACUCACGCGAAGUGAUAUAGAGAUUUUGCGAGGGAAGACAUCGAGAGGUGGAUACAGCGGCGGCAACCGCGGAGGACGCUAUGACCCUGGUGGACAACACCACUUCAGGCAGAAUGGAAGGGGUAGGGGACAAGAUUUUGGUCAUGGCCGCCCGCAGUCAAAUUACCACAGGCGCGAGGAUCCGCGCCCUCUUCCCCAUCAGCACUUUCGUGGACAGGGUGGUUGGCAGCCUCCACAUCCUGGCUCUUCCGGCUUUGGAAGAGGUGUUCCACCACCACCUCCUCCGGCACAUGAACAAGGCUGGAGUUCCCAAAGCUUUAACGCUAGUGUUUACAGCUACGGUCCUAGUCAAGGCCAUCAUCUCCCGAGAGGUGGUUACCAUUCUCGUGGUCGAUGGAAUUGA